CCGUCUGCGCACGCGCAGGAAAGUCCGCCAUAUUGUGACAAAAUAAGGUUCCUCGUUUGGAAAUCUAAACAUCCCUUCCGGGUAUAAGCUCAUCGUGUUCCUGAUAGUAAACGACACCAUGGAAUCACUGUGGCACAUCCCAGUCGAAACUAUGUCAUAACUGUCACGGGAGGAUAUUUUUUACAAGCGUUAGGAUCCAGACUGUAAAGCAGGGGCAGGAUGCCGCCCCCGCCACCCCCUCCCCCUCCUGCCCCCGCUGCUCCCCCUCCUCCUCCAGCUGGAAAGUUUGGAAAGGGUGGGGGAGGAGGAGGCGGCCGUGGAGCUCUGCUGGGAGCUAUCCAAGGCGGAGCCAGGCUGAAGAAAGUACAGACCAAUGACAGAAGCGCACCAACUGUAGGGGGGUCAUCUAAGCCGGCCAACAAAUUUAACACUGUGGCGAGCCAUCCUGCUCGCAUGCCACCAAGACUGCCGAAGUGGGAGGGUUCGAAGGAUGAUGGUAAUACAAACCGAGGAGGUGGAAGUGGACCUGGCCCAGGAGGGGGUGGAGGAGGUAGCAGUGGUGGAGAUGCAGGAGGAGGUGGUGGGCCACCUGUAGGGGGUCUCGGCGGCUUGUUCGCAGGAGGAGUACCUCGACUACCUAAUAGGGGCAGAAGUGGAGCACCCAAUAGAACGCCUGGUCCGGCAGCUCCAGUUCUCCGUCCCCCUGGCCCCAGGCCACCGAUGACCAAUGGUCCAUCUCGGCUCAGUAACGGAACAAGUGGAGGUCCCCCACCACCUCCGCCACAAAAUAAGAAAUUUUCAAUCCCACAUACCACAGAGUCUUCUAGCCGGCCUACUCACCCAGUGCACAACAGUACUAACGGGGUAGGCCCAGGGGUCCCAAUGAGGCAGCAACCCCGGAGCCAACCUCCCCCUCCCCCUGCACGACCAGCAUCGGGGAGCAUAUCAGGCAGACCCAGUAGCAUGGUCGGAAGACCUCUACCACCCCCUCCUCCCCCACAUCAGAGUCAACCCCCACCACCCCCCACCCGCUCUAAUCCUCCCCCACCCCCUAGCCGACCUGCAGCCCCUCCCCCACCAGCUAGGACUACAUCUAAUCAGAGUGGGGGUACUAUAGGACGAUCUUACGGGCCUCCGGCGGCACGCCCCCCUCCCCCUCCGAGGAAGGAUGUACCCCCACCCCCUCCCCCUCAUGCACCUAGUGCCCCCAGCAGAGGCCCCCCUACUGCUCCAGUGUCAAACCCUCCGCCCUUGAGGAGGCCCAGUUCUUCAAGCUCUUACGGAUCAGGCGGUGAUGAUUUUGAGAAGAAUUUCCGAUUCCAUAGUGUAAAUGAGCUGCCUCCGCCAGAGCCCUUUUCAAAUAGUAAUAAAACAUACCCCAGUAGAAAUCCCCGAGGUAGUGAUGGAAGUCAAAGAAGAGCACCUCCACCUCCUCCCCCGCGGUGAAAACAGACCUGGUUGACAUAGGAGAAACAUAGAAGUCGUAUACUAUUGCUGUGCAAUUGUGAUCCUGUUGUAUAAAGAAGACUUUGGGAAGCCAUCUUGGAUCACAUCUGCCUCGAGAUAAUCUAUGUGCUCAUCGCGACCCCUUAUCCAGGAUCGGUUGAUUCUUCUGGGACAUUGGUUUCAUUUCUUUUUAGGAAGAUUUUGUUUUUCUUUCAUAUACAAUUUGCAACAUUGACCAUGUAUGAAUAAUCGAUAAAUGUGUCAACGCUGUCAUCGUGGAGGUGGAUCAGUGGAGCGUGUCGUCAAUGUCAGUGAUUGACACCUGCCAUGUUUAUAUCAAAACAGGACUACGGCAUUCAGUAAUGUUUCCAGGAAACAGAUAUGGUGCUGAGUAACGAAGCACAAUACGUAUGUCAAUAUUUCUGUCUGGACACUGGACGCUAGUUCGCUAUUGACGUGUAUAUAGGUGGCGCUCCGCUGGACGUGUAUAUAACACAACCAACACAGUCAUUCAUCUCUGCUUGUAGCUUCGAUGUUGGAGUGAGAUUGUGAGGUGAUUGUAUUCGCAUGUAUCCUGUGUUUGGACCUAUACAUUGCAUCUGUUUAAUUAUUUGCAUUAUUCCAAAUACUGCUGAUGUUACGUUCUGUUUGCAUGUGUAGCUUGUAUUCAAAAAUUUUAAUUCCAACAUUUUGUGCUUAUUUGAUAGAAUGUGCGUUUGUGUAAGCUGUUAAAAUAUAUUACUCUGUUUCGUACAUGCAUUACCGCUAAUUUUUAUAAUGAAUCUGAUAUGACAAAAUUAUUCACUUAUAAAGUUAAUGAGGGAUAAUAUAUAUAAUUCUAGGUGAGAACUAUCUCAAAGUAUUCAAUUUCCCACUAUGCAAAAUAUGAAUAACCCUUUUCUACUUCUUAUAGCUACUCAGAUGUAACAGUGUAACAAUGUCACCUUCUAGCUUUAUACCAAGGCACAGGACUAAGGCCCUUCCAUAUUCGAUGUAGAUACAUAGGGCAAACUGAUGGUGCAGAAUCAUUCCAUUCCAUGUAUUUAGUGGUAUUCAUUUGCAUGAUUACAUGUAUUUAUCUCCCUUUGGUGUUCCUAUAGAUCUGAGGCUUUUGUGUCAGUUAUGUCCCUUGACGAGGAAGACUGGAUGUCAACAUGCAUUUAUAUAUACUUUUUUUAAAUCGCUUGUUAACAUCUGUAGAAAGUAAUGUGUUUUAUUUGAAAUUGAUCAUUCUCUUAGCAUCGCCAUCUUGAGAUCGCACAUGCUCUGGUGUGUUUUGAUGAAGGUUUGACCUCAAGGGGAGGUAACUGACACAUGGGACAGGAUUUAACACCAGCACUGUAUUCUAUUGGUGAAGGAAAGAGAAUUGCUCAAACUGAGACUUUACUGUGAGUUCAAGCCAAUGCAAGAAUGCCCAUAUUUGUUUGAAAUUUGCUAAAGAUGAUGACAGGAAUAGAUGCAGUACUUUGCUCCUGACAUACAUGGAUUAGAUACGCUAGAAAUACUUCAGUAUUUCAGUGUCAGUGACUUGCAUGUUCCCUGUGGCGUGGGCAGCGCAUACUUCACUGUAUGGAGUUAUCUCCCUUAGCUGUGCCAGUAUCUGCUAGUCAUGGGUUUGAAUGCUACAUUUGCACUGAUUAUGGUAUUUGGUGUGUCAGCAGAAGAAUUGUGCUUGUUAGCGUCAGUGAUGAGUGUCCAUGACAAGUGGCCCUCUCGGCUUUCUGAGGGCACCCUCAGUAACAGAAAUACUGUACAGUGACUAUUUACCUGUCAGUUCUGUAUAAUUCCAUAUUGGCUAAUCCUUAACUUGCAUUCAUAUUCCCAAAUGAAUUAGGCAUGCCAGAAAGCUAUGAUCUGGGCCUCAAGGCUCGUCAGCACCAUAUUCAUACUCGUGGGUUUCACCAAAGUGGUAAACGUCCGAGACCUGCAUCACUUUGUGCUGUCCUCCCAAAUCGAGAUAACUUGCCAUGUUAUAAGCAGUGGCGUAUCCAGAGGGGUUGCACGCCACCCCUUUUUAAUACACCUUGCAUGUUAACUGUGCCCUUGGCUGAAAGUAAUUAAAAAAUUAUUCCUGGCGGACUCCUGUUACGGAGAUACAACCAUUACAGAACAAUAUGUAUUGAAGAUACCAGCUGAAACAGUGGUUUAGACAUUUGUAAAAAUAGAUAUAUGUUGAUAUAUUAUGUGUAUUAUAUCAAUGACAGGACCAUCUGUGAUGGGUAUUCUUGUAUUGGCAGAAUGGCAUCCAAGGGAUGAGGGAUGUUACAUGUAGCAUGGCUUCACAUCAGACCUGGGACUGAAGGGUGGGCCGAAUUAUAGACAGAGGACUUGAUAUUUCGGGAUGUCCUCUGGUCUGAAUUCAGAGUAUUUUACUUGUUCUAAGAUAGGUAUUUUUCAAAACUAGACAAAUUUAUUCAACUUUCCAGUUAGAAAAAGGAGAAGGUCAAUGUACAUUCUGUUGAGCUUAGUACAGUGAAUAACUGGUCUUUACUGUGAAAACUAGAAAGUAGGGCUGGGACGAGUCUGAAUUUAUUACCCUGGUACCCACCCCCAUAUUACCUGACCCUACCCUACCCGGGUACCCACUGUAGGUCUCAAGAGAGAGGUACAAAAUGUCCGAUUGGGCAUUUUGUUACCAUAGCACUGGCAAAACGUAUUUAGAUACAUGUAUUAAACAAUCUGGUCAUGUAUACACUGAAGUUGACUCAAGUUGUAUCUUUAUUCAAAGAUAUGAAAAGUCAGAAGGAAUGCGAACAUUUGUGACUUGUAGUGUAACCAUAGAGUUCUAGAUACUUUUUUUUGUCAUUAAACAAUAUAUCACGUAACUAACCACGGGUCCAGGUAGUCCUGUGGGUACCCGGGCCCUACUCAGUACCCACCCGACCCAAGUACCUGAGUUACCUGUCCCAGCCCUACUAGAAAGUCACUGUCUUUAGAGAUUUACUUAAGGUGUUUUUGAUAGUAUUUAAAACAUUAUUUAGAUAUUUUAAGCACAUAUGGAUGAAACGUUCAGCUGUAAGAAAACAUAAUUUCUAUGUUAGUCUUCUUGUUCUUUGUAGCAUGUGGAUAAAAAUUGCAUUUAAGUAUCUCCCUCAAUUUCUACAGCGACAUUCAAUUGAUGAUGUACAGCGUUAUGACUAUAUACAUGAGGUUAUAAUGCAGUGAUGUCAUAGUUUAAUGAACAGUGCAGUGCUAAACUGAUUCACUGUUGCCAUAACAACAUGGAUGUUUCAGGGGCUAGAUAAGUGUUUCAUGGGCUAGGUGGAUGUUUCAGGGGCUAGGUGGAUGUUUCAGGGGCUAGGUGGAUGUUUCAGGGACUAGGUGGAUGUUUCAGGGACUAGGUGGAUGUUUAAGGGGCUAGGUGGAUGUUUCAGGGACUAGGUGGAUGUUUAAGGGGCUAGGUGGAUGUUUCAGGGGCUAGGUGGAUGUUUCAGGGGCUAGGUAAGUGUUUCAGGGACUAGGUCAAUGUUUUGGGAGCUAGGUGGAUGUUUCAGGGGCUAGGUGGAUGUAUUGGGGGCUUGGUGGAUGUUUCAGGGACUAGGUGGAUGUUUCAGGGACUAGAUGUAUGUUUCAGGGGCUAGGUGGAUGUUUCAGGGGCAAGGUGGAUGUUUCAGGGGCGAGGUAAGUGUUUCAGGGGCGAGGUAAGUGUUUCAGGGACUAGGUGGAUGUUUCAGGAGCUAGUGUGAAGCUGUGUGUACAGAGAGUGGUUCAACAGAGAUCAGACUUCCAGGGCUCACUGUAUGUAGUGGAUAUAGUAGUUAUUCCACACUGUGUAUAACCAUUAUACAAGGCAACAUGACAUAUCUUUUAUAUUGUACAGAUUGGGUGGCACUCGACUGCCACUGUUGAUUUUAAUAGACCCAACACAGGUUGACUAUGUUACAGAUGACGAUAAGGGAAACUGUAGUCACCUAAUAAGCACUGGCUUGCAAUAUUAUUGAGAUUUAAGGUCCCACUUGACACUAUGUUCAACAUUAUACAAGGGAGUUUGAUGAAACUGCACAUGUCUAAAUAUAAAUAUGUCUGUAUUAUUAAGAUGAUCUUUCACAAGUCUGAACGUUUGCCCCAGUGUCUUUUGUAUUAUAAUCACCCUCUUUGCAUUAUAAAUAUCAGUAGAAUGCCUGUGUGCUUACAGGGGAGAACUAUGGUGUAUGUGGUUCAGGAUGCGUCUGGAAAGGGGAAUUCGGGGCUGAUAGUUUACAGUGACUGGAUCAACAUUUAUCUUUCAGUGUUUGAGAAUCCAACCAUCGUUAAUGAAAGCAAAAUAUAUUAUUCUUAAUCAAUGUUCUAGUUGCUACUAGCUGCAGGAUUGCUUAUUCGGUUUUAAGCCGAAUUUACUCACUAAUUUGAAUGUUCAUGGACAUGUAGGCUCCUAUGUAGACAUGUUAGCCAUUGUUUAGAUAAGAUUAUCUUUCUGAAUACAUUAUUUGCAGUACUUAAGAGAAUAAUCAUUAUUAUAAAUCACUAAAUUUAAGAUGAAAAGGAACAGCUUCUGCUUUGUUGCUUCCCUUAGAUGUAACAGGAUCUCCUGUGUGAUUGAAUCCCAGAUUCAGACAGUCUAUCAUCACCUUAUCCUGUGGAGUUCUUGAAAGUGUAAAUGUUGAAGACCUGCAUCACUUUGGGCUUCCCAACCACAUUAAUCUGUGGCCUGACUGAUAUACUCUUUACCUGGAGUCUUGACCCGGACCUAUUGCAGAUAUUAUUAGUUUUAACUCACCAGUCCUGUCUGUUUCCAGAUGGAUCUUGAAUACCAAUCUUACAUUCUGUAGCUCUCCUAGAUAAAACUGAUCAUAUCACCCGGGAAUUAUUGUGUGUUAUUUAUAACUGAUCAUAAUAUACACGUAGUGAUGCAGUUUGGCUGUCUCACAGUAUGGAUUAGGGGCGGUCGGGUAGCCUAGUGGUUAAAGUGUUCGCUCGUCACGCCGAAGACCAAGGUUCAAUUCCCGACAAGGGUACAAUGUGUGAAGCCCAUUUCUGGUGUCCCCUGCGGUGAUAUUGCUGGAAUAUGCUAAAAGCGGCGUAAAACCAUACUCACUCACUCACUCACAGUAUGGCUUGGGAGAGACUGAAUAUGGUUGGUGUUUGUCUGGGAAGUUUUAGAAUAUCCGAUCCAGUUCUUGUUUGUUUGCAUGCGAUAUAGCAACAAAAGUCCCCAUGGUAUUGUAAGCAUAAACAGAGGUAUCUUCACCGACUCUCCUCAUCUCCUUGUCAGGGUCUCAGUAUGUUUGUUUGUUUAUUGUUUAACACCACACUCCGAAAUAUUCCAGCUUUGCGAUGUUGGUCUGUAAGUAAUCGAGUCUGGACCGGUCAAUUCAAUGAGCAAUAUCGGAGCCACAAUCUAUGCCGCUGGCCAAGUCACCGAGUCUUACUACCUGCAUUUAGUCCUCUCUUACAGCGAGGAGAUGGUCCUAGGUGCAACAAAGAUUUCCCACUGUCCAAUCAAAACUAAUCAUGUCGAGGACCAUUUUCAACGGAUGGAUGGUUGCUCACAAUAUUGAUCACAGGAUUGUGUGGUCUUGAUUAUUUACAGGCUGCAAUGAUACGGCUGGAAUAUUGCUGAGAGCAGCAUUAAACAACAAACAAACAAAAUGAUGAGUCUCAAUUUGUCAUGUAUAUUGUACCGAGACCUUACUUACAAGAAACAAAUUGUAUCACGACAAUUGUAUGUAAUUAUGGCCUUAAUUAAGACAAACAAUGUUCGUCACAGCAAUGAGAUGGUACACAGGCUUGGGUUGUAUAGGGCAGGCUUGAGGAGUUUGUGAUGACUUGGGCUUGAUCAAUCACACGAUGAAUAAGACACGUCAGAACCAAACUGAAGACAUCUGGCUCAGUCAGGGUAGGGUGUCAUUCCUCUUGAAGGCAUUAAAAACUGGUCUCAGGAAUUGUUUUGUGUUGAAGGUUUCUAGGGUGUGCCAGCUAAGUUAGAGAUUUUUUUAAGCCACACUGUUUCUAGAAAUAUGGGUGCAGUGUACCUGAUUUACCAUGACUUUGUUGAGAUAUUUUACUGAUUUGCUAUCCCUUUUCACCCUCAUAUAGCAAUGCUUAUCAGUGGAAUCGGAAAGUUAGUAUGGAAAUCAGUGAUGUUUUCUGUUUUUGUAGUAAACUUUAGGAGACCAAAACAAAUCUUUAUCUUUCUGAGUGAGAGUUAAGACAACAACGUCUCGAUGCUUCUUUUAAUGUGAUUAAUCACUGUGCCUUUCACUAUUGCUGGUGUAAGUGUGAAUGUUGGUAGUGUAUAUUUUAGCCUGUCAGGUAAGACUACACGUAUGAGAUUCAGCAGUCAAAAUCUAAUGUAUUUCAAGUCCAUAGUUCACAAGGGGGCACGGGUGGCCCAGUCGUCUAAGGCGCCGCGAUUAGCUGUGCAGAGUUGCGUCCCUUGGGCACGCCAGAAACCUAUGAUUGUGGGUUCGAAUCCCGGUUCGCCCCGAUUAUGUUUCUAGGUUUGUCAGCACCAUACCCGUGCCCGUGGGUUUCACCGAAGUGGUAAACGUCUGAGACCUGCAUCACUUGGGGCUUUCCUCCCACAUUAAGCUGACACGCCGUGAUAUAACUGGAAUACUGUUAAAAGCGGUGUUAAACCCAACUCACUCACUCACUCACCAUAGUUCACAGAACAAAUCCUAACACACGGAUCAGGCCAACCAUUGUGGGGUUUGUGGUUUGACCCGUUUUGAUUUUUGUUCCUGUGAGACUUUCAAGAACAAAUGUGAAGGACGUUUGAGUGUAACGAUUGCCAAAAUGUGUUGCUUUCAAAGCUUCUUGUGUUUAUAUAUUUGUAAUUGUUUAUUUCCAAUUGUUUAUUUGCAAUUACUGACAUGCGAGUUUGAUGAAUUAGGGAUACUAUUUGAUGUAAUAUGUUUGAGUGCAAAUUAGACCAUGAGAAAUUGGACAUUGAUGCUGAUAUUUCCCCACAAACACUUCACUGGCAUAAUACUGCUACUGUUCUGUUUCAAGGGUUAGAUUGUUUAUAGAGCCAGAAAAGUUUUUUUGCCUCUUUUCAAAUGAGCUCGCUCUUUAUUUUUAGCCAAACUAAAACAAAUGUGAACAAGCUGUUUGGUUUAAAUUAAUAAUUUUAAACAGCUGUCUGUUAGUUAUUUUUUAAACCUUUCUAAUGGUGCUUAGGAUAUUAAAACAACCCUGACAACAUGUUUGGACUAAUAUACUUUGUGUGUGUUUCAUUUUGCCUGGGAAAAUUUGUAAAACAAGAAUGAAGUCAGCCUGGCCUAGUUUACAAAAUAUGUUUCAGAGAGUUGUCACAAUUUAAUUUGCGGUCAAAUCCAUAGGGAUUCCUGGUUAGAGAAUGUCCCCAGUAAUCUCUGCUGGUCAUAAGAGGCACACCAAUGGUGGUCAGGCUCAGUGACUGCAUGUCAUUGUACUCACAAUGUCGAUCACUGGAUUGUCUGGUCCUCGGGUUAUUUACAGGCUGGGUCAAUGCUCAGUGUGAUAUUAAACUAGUAAACCAACAGUUCUGCCCGUGAGUGCAUGUUUCUAUUUGCCGGGUAGUUUCCCUUGCGUUCAUGGUGUGCAUUUACCCUUAGAAUAAUAACAGUAGCUUCAGAUAGAGUAGAAGGAAAACGUCAAGCUUGGUUGGGAAGGUGUUGUGGUCUUGCUGAUAUUUGCAUUUGGAUCGAUUUGUUUUGAACUUCCUGAUAUUAUCAUGUACAUGAACCAUCCUUUGCUCUCAUAGAUUUUUAAUGUGAAUGAAGUGUGAUGGGCUGGUCCCAAGUUUAAAUUUGGAUUAAUUGGUUUAUAAGUAAUGUGGGGUGAUUUUUAAGCCUAUUAUUUAGCCCAUGUGGAGUUAGCUCAUUUAAGGUGGUGUCUGUUUUGCUUGUGAUUGAGUACCUGGUACUUAUGAUCGGACCAGGUCUUUGAAAAAAGAAUUUUCAUAACCAUCGUAAGAAAUGUCUUGUGGUUGGGGAGUACACGGUUUGUAUAAUCAACCAAGGAUUGUAUAAUUAAACAAUGUAUUGGGAAAAACAUUUGAAUGACAAUCAUUCUAAUAUAGAGAAAACUUUGAGUAUAGGAUUGUUGUUCUUUUGGGAGGCCAGUUUAUAGUGAUUUUUUAGCGCUUAUUAUCAUGUUUCUGAACAUUGCUGUGUGUACAUGAUUUGCUUCCUGAAGAUGUUAUAGGAAAAUCACCAAUACUCUUGCUUUUUCAAAGUGAUGCUUAGGUUACAUUCCCCAUUACAACCUCGACAUAUUUGGUCAGUUGAAACAAAAUGAAUUGAAAAAAUUAUUUCUAUGAAUUGUCAUUAACUCUUAAUAGGUCUUGAAAUGGAUUCAUGAAAAAGGCUUUUGACCAACAGUUCUCCUUUUCAUAACAAAGGCAAAAGAUAUCAACAUUGAAACUAAAAAUCUGUUCCAGUUGGAAGCUAAGUAUCCAUGCUCCACUUGGUCCAAGGGAGGCAACUCUUAGGGUGCACGAUCAGAGUAGCACUUGGAUUGUCAUUUUGGCUUUGGUUUAUAGUUUGGUCUUCUUUAUUUAUAUCCUUAUGAAGAAAUAUUCCAUUUACUCGACUAUCCAAAAAAACAAUGAUUUCAAUCCCAGGGCAUGGCUUAAUAUUAUAACCUUAAGACUCUUGUACAACUAAUGUGAUGUCACAUUUGAAUUCAUGCAGAGGAUGUCGAAGGAAGAAACCUUUACCUACUUCUGUUAGGCUUAAAGAAAUAAAGGUAUUGGUUCUCAGGCAAUAGUUUUUGGGGCAGGCAGUGUCUUAUUUAUUUUUAUUUGGUGGGGAGGGUGUGUGUUGUUGAAACUAGUAUGUUUUCAAAUAAACAGUUGUGUAACCAAAUAAACAAUUGUCAAUUGUGUACAAUCCACCUUGGAAAGGGCCUCCCUACAUAAAUGUAUUCCUUCAUCAGUAACAUCCAGCAUUUGACUACCAUUGGACUUGGAAUAUUUAUGUUAAAGUAGAGCAACAGUCAGAACUCGAGAUUUAUCAUGCAUGACUGAUUUGGAAAAGUACAAUGUAUUAGUAUUACUGCGUAAUUACAAAAUAUUUUUGUCAUUGUAAAUGUUAUGAAAUAACAAUGACCUAAAUGUCAAUAAAAGUGUUUUGAAAUGUGUUAAAUUAUCACUCAUCCAAUAUUGUCCAAACGAUCAGAAAAUUCAUGAUUUUCAUGUUCAGUCUGUAAAUUAUGUAUGAAGUGCAAGUUACCUAGAGCAUGUUGUAAGUGGGUGACUGAGAUGUCAAUGUGCUUGGCUUCUUUUCCGUUGCAAUGAUUGUUCGGUGCCUGCUCCCUAAUUAAUUCGUUUUUAUGUGCUGCAAUGUUUAGGGCAAGCUUAGAUAAGGUACGUGUUUGUUAAAUACCAUAGCAGUUGACAAGCCUGAACCUAUUCUAGACCAUUUCCAUGUUUAUAUUUUAGUGAAUUACAUUUUACUUCAACACAGUAGGUUGUAUUUACAGUUAGAAAUGAGAUUCAGUACACAUUAUCUCAAAAUAAUCAAAUUCUUGAUCUUAGUGUCUAAUACCUCUUUAAGUAGUUCCAUUAAUAUUUCUUGAUCUAUCUUUUGAGUAAACGUGUUUCUUUCCUGUCAUUACUAAUCCCUCCUUCAACAAACACAGCAUGUAUCUUGUGUAUUACGAGUCUUGAGUGUCUGUUCUCUUGUGAUUUCAGGGGCAAUGUUAUAUACAUGCAAACAAAUCUAAUUUUUGAAUAAACUUUCAAAAUGGA